AUGCUGACCUGGAUAUACAGCAACAACAAGUUGUCUUUCACAUUGAGAUGUAAAACCACUGGUUGGUGUGCAGUCGCCUUUACAACAGGGGAUGGUAGAGGCAUGCAGGAUUACGAUAUUGCCUUGGGCGGGGUCGCUUCCGGCGACAACUAUCUUAAUGUAAGUAAGAUAGAGUUUCUUUCAGUAUAUAUCUAAAUUUCACUUACUCCAGAUGGACUAGUGUAUUGAAUACGUUUUCCAAAUUUACAGUAAGACUCAAGCAAAUAUUACUAUUACUAUUAUACGACACUGACAUCAUUAUGGCAAAGAUAUUAACUGUUAACAUACUCUAAACUAAACAAGGAGGCAGAUAUCGCUCAUAUUUGUGCCUACUGCAGCUAUGUAGGUGCGUAAGUUAUUACGCCAAAAAAAUAGAGCCUUAGUCCGCAACAGAUACGCAAUGUUCAUAACAAGAAAAUCUGUUCUUGUGAAAGAUCGAGGAAACCUUUUAUGUAGUCAAAAAAGAAUUUUUCACAAAACAAUUCAAAACGCAGUUUUUAAGACAAGAUCUCCGAACAAGAAAAACCUGGUUAGAUUAGAAAAGCGAACGAUCCACUCAACGUGAAAAUGAGGACGUAAGUGAGAGGAAAUAAGGAGACUAAGGAGACUAUAGACAGUGUUCGUAUGUUGGCUGAAGGCCAAGACAUUAUGACCUUGAAAAUUGUUAGUAAAAGGCCAUUCAAGCAGUCCAAUGAGGCACACAGCACACAGCACACAGCACACAGCACACAGCACGAAGUUGUAAUUUAAGAUUUAAUACCGUAAAAAGUGACGGUCUGUGUUAAAGUGGUAAAUAAGAGACUUUGUUUCUUUACCCGUAGGAUUACUGGAGCACCUCAACGACAAAACCAUCAAAGGAUAGUGCAAAUAACUUUGUUCUUACAACUGCGAGCGAGGCUGAUGGAUAUACAACGGUGCAGUUUGAGAGAGAUCCAGAGACAAGCGACACUGCUAACGAUGUUCAGUUUAAGGUAAGUUCUUCCUUUUUUUAAAUUCUAUCUCCGGGUGGGACCGUGGUCCCCACUCCCAUACGUCCCACCCGGAGAUGGAAAGGAGCGGGAGUUUGGGUACAAAAGCGAGCCAUCCCUGCGGGGAGGAGGAUGGUGCGACAACCUGUUGUCAGGUGCCAGUGUCAACGAAGAGAGAAAAAAACAGGACAAAAUACGUCUAUUUACACUAAAUUCGUAAAUAUUGUGUACAGCCGGUUUCUUUGUGGAUCCCGAUGAGCAGAAUUAAAUACACAGGUCCAAAAGGCAAAGGGGCGUUGUUUGUGACGGCCUCAAGUGAGAAUAGGCAUCCAAGUUUAAUUUAGUCCUCGACUAUAUGGAGAAAAGUCUUCACUGGACAGAGGGUCACCUACCUAGCCGAGUCAUCUUUAGCGCGGAGCGUUUAUCUGUAGUGCAUGCUCGCCUUGACUGAGUUAGCCGGCUUGACGAACCAUCUUGAUUAUAUGGAGAAAAGUUGGCCUGACCGAACGAAAUAUGUAACCUGGACUACUAACCGAGCCAACUCUUUGAUUCUCGUUAACAGUUCACCAAGUUUUUUAAGGUAAUGUAGGAAAAUUUGGCUGGCCCACGAUACUAGCUCGCGUAGGCAAGUGACCCUUCUAUCUCGGACAACUCUUCUCCAUACAUACAUAAAUACAUGUUUUAUUUGGAGUCUUUUAUGUAGUUGUAUGUAGUUUUCGCGAUCCUAACUUAGUCACUUUCUAUUUCAGAAGGUUAAAAAUAGCAUUAAAAUAGCAAACUAAUGAAAUUCUUUCCAUAUUUUUUUAUGUAGCCUGGUACUGAAGUCACUAUUGCGUGGGCCAUGCACAACUCUUUGGAUGGAGAUGUAGAUAUUUCUAAGCACACCGACAGACAAGUGUUACCAACCAAAUACAUACUGGUGCCAGGUGCAGCAAAUAUGCUGGAGUCACGUGUGAUGCUUUCUGCGAUCCUGGCCGCCAUCGUUGUCUAUUUGGUGUCCUAA